UCCCACCACGUAAGUUUCUCUUCCGCGCUUGCGUCGCUUCCGCGCUUGUUUCUCUUGCGUGCUAGAUCCAUCCUGCUCCAGUCCAGACCCCGCAACGCCACCAGCUGACGCCGAGCCACACAGUCUACCCACCCGGAACGCUUGUCGCCUCUGGAUCUAGUGGCCUGUCAUGCUAGAAACGACGAAAGCCAGACUGGCCGCCAGUGGCUCUUUUGGCUCUCAAAGCCCCUUGGACUUCACCUCGAGAAUGGAAGAUCUCAAGCGGGCCUGUUUGGAUCUAGAGCCCCUUCCAUUCGUCUCAAGCGGGCAUUUUUGGCUCUACUACCAGAGCCACUUUCCACUCUUCAAGCGGGCCAUUUGGUCGGGUUCUCGCCGCGAAUUUGGGCGCUCGCCGCACGUGGCAAGCAUAGAGACCUUGAGUUGAGUUGAUCCUCGCGAUCAAUCGUCGUUCACCGAUAGUCGUCCCCCAUAUCCCACACAUUCGCACUAGUCGUCCUCCCACCCACACACCUCCCACCCGCAUCAUCGGCAAUCGCCCCUGCCAAUCGCACGCCACGAAAAUCCGGGCCGCGGACUCAGAGUUGCUCGCACCGGGCCGUGCCCGCCGCACAGACGGGCUCGUUCGUUCGCGCCUGCGUGCCAUCCUCUCGUCGCGUUUUGCGGCGCUGCCUUUGCCGCGUAGUAGUAGUAGGCGCCCAAGAGUCGAGUCGGAGUCGGAGUCGUCUCGGCGGCAACAGUCUUGCUGGCUUAUUCUGUGGCCCACGGCAGUCAAUUGAACUUGUCUGCUCUAACGCGGCAGAGAAGGGUGGGCUUUGCUGUCGCGGCUGCUCUGCGCAGGGCUUGUCAAUGGAACUCCCUCCAAAGCGGUUCUUUUAGGCCGGGCUCUCGGCGAAUUAGGGCACUCGCCCCCGCGUGACAAGGCGAGAGACCUUACUGGUUGCGCACCACACCGCUGUAGUCUGAUUGGAAGAUCCCAUGUCUGUAGUCAUGCAGCCGUUUCUGCCAAUUGCAUCUUGUGAAAUAGUCCGACUCACACCCGUGUCCCCCCAUACAAAAUGCUCGUUCGCGCCUGUGUCCAUCCUCGUCCUAUUCUCGUCCCAUUUUGCGGCGCUGCCUCCUUCGAUGGUCCGCUGGCGGUCAACGGUUCUCGUCUGCUCUGCUGGCGAACCCCACAGCGAAUUAGGGUUGAGUAUUUAGAAUGAGUCGGUAUCGGGGAUUCGAUUCGGGUCGGGUCGGGGUCGACACGUCACGACGCUUCUUGAGUUUGGCCAUGGCUUUCCCAAACCCUGCCUCGCUGGCCACGCAAUCUUUCCAACGCGCAUUACUGGCAGGCAGUGCUCUCACGCGCCACCCCGCUCCUUCCGCCGCCAGCCCACUCCUUUUCUUCUCGCCAGCCCACUCCAGCCCACUCACGGCCCACUCCGUGCAGAAAGGCUCUCACGAGGCACUUUGAAACCCUUUCUCCUAGGACAUAAGCGCGGAUGCCGCGCACGAUGGUAGUCAAGGGGUCAAGUCAAGCGUUUUUUUCUGGAGGGGGACUCUCAUUCGCCCGCGGAUUCCUCCGCCGGGGGGGACGUUGCGCCGAACUCCCCCCCCCGUGGGCCUUCCCACCGCAGCGAGUCUCCCUCUCACGGGGGGGUCCGUGAGGUAUUUAAUCCCCCCUCUCGGCCUCUCCUUCACCACAGCCUUGGCUUUGAGAGCCUCUCAGCCUUUGCGCCCCUUGUUGCAAGCCACUAGUACCACAGUACUAGUGCUGCACGUGCUCCCCGAGAACUCCGCUGACCCUUACGACUCCUACCACACGCACACCUAUUAGUUCUGCUGCGGCUCCAUCUCGCUAUCUCCUGCUGUUGCUGCUCCUGCUGCUGUCAAGGGGUCAUCUCCACGUGAUACCUCCGAGGGUGCAAUCUCAGCUCGUGACGUCAUCGCCGUCAUCACCAUCGUUCCAUCAUCACCAUCAUGGGUCGUCUGGUGCUUGCUGCGGCGCUCGUGGCCCUCGUGCUCUCCGCCUGUGCGCCCAUGGCUGCCGCCAUCCGCCUGCCGUCGACCACGCCCUGCAAAUGGGGGCACGGCAGGGACGCGUCAGGCAACUGCGCUGACACCUGCGCAAUCCGCAACUGCGGCACCAACUCCAAGUGCCUCAAGGACGAGGCCGGCUGGGCCAACUGCGUGUGCCUCAAGGGCUUCCAGCUGCUGCCCAACGCCUCCUGCGCCCACUCGUGCGCCAUCUUGGUGUGUGACCCGCAUUCGACGUGCGUGAAGGAGGAGGACUCGUUGGCCAAGUGUGUGUGCAACUGGGGCUACAUCAUGACCCCCGAUGGCGUCUGCGUUGACACGUGUGUGAACAAGGCGUGUGACGGCACGUGCACCAAGGACGCUGCUGGGGCGGCAGUCUGUCAUUGCAACAAUACCAUUGGCCUCGUGCUGCUGGAAGACACCAAGACGUGCAAGGAUGCAUGUGAGGUCGCGGCCUGUCGCACCAAUUUCACGUGUGCCAGAAAUCCCGACAAUCUGGCCGACGUGAAUUGUGAAUGCCAGGAGGGAUACGCGCUGUCAGGGGACAAAUGCAUUGACAAGUGCGACCUCAAGGGGUGUUUGGGUGGCACGUGCAGCCAGAUCGAUGGAGAGGCAGUGUGUGACUGCCAUGGUGCGACCACUGGCCUCAAACUGCUGGAGGACACGGUCACGUGCCAAGAUGCAUGUGUGCUCGAGGCGUGUCGCACCAAUUUCACGUGUGCCAGGAAUGUUGACAAUCUGGCCAACGUGCGCUGUGAAUGCGAGGACGGAUACGCGCUGGCGGAGGACGGCACAUGCAUUGACAAGUGUGACCUCAAGGGGUGUUUGGGUGGCACGUGCAGCCAGAUCGAUGGAGAGGCAGUGUGUGACUGCCAUGGUGCGACCACUGGCCUCAAGCUGCUGGAGGACACGGUCACGUGCCAAGAUGCAUGUGUGCUCGAGGCGUGUCGCACCAAUUUCACGUGUGCCAGGAAUGUUGACAAUCUUGCCAACGUGCGCUGUGAAUGCGAGGACGGAUACGCGCUGGCGGAGGACGGCACAUGCAUUGACAAGUGCGACCUCAAGGGGUGUUUGGGUGGCACGUGCAGCCAGAUCGAUGGAGAGGCAGUGUGUGACUGCCAUGGUGCGACCACUGGCCUCAAACUGCUGGAGGACAUGGUCACGUGCCAAGAUGCAUGUGUGCUCGAGGCGUGUCGCACCAAUUUCACGUGUGCCAGGAAUGUUGACAAUCUGGCUGACGUGCGCUGUGAAUGCGAGGACGGAUAUGCGCUGGCGGAGGACGGCACAUGCAUUGACAAGUGCGACCUCAAGGGGUGUUUGGGCGGCGGGACGUGCAGCCAGAGUGAUGGAGUGGCAGUGUGUGACUGUGAUAUGGAGACCAGUGGCAAAGUGCUGCUGGCUGACACGGUCACCUGCAAAGAUGCAUGUCAGGUGGAGGGCUGUGCUGCCCUUGGCGAGUUUGGGCAGUGCAUCAGGAAUCCAAUGAAUGCAUCCGACGUGCUCUGUGCAUGCAAGGAUGGCUACGUGCUGUCAGGAGGCACAUGCGUUGACGCAUGUGAGCUCGAGGCCUGUGCAAUCAAAGACACCAAAUCCGAGUGCAUCAGGAAUCCGCUGAAUCUGACCGAUGUGCACUGUGCAUGCGUGGAAGGCUACGUGCUGUCAGGAGGCAAAUGCACUGAUGCGUGUUUGGUGCAGGCCUGUGCUACCAAAGACACCAAGUCCGAGUGUAUCGUGAAUCCGCAGAAUAAGACCGAUGUGCACUGUGCAUGCCUGAAUAACUUCGUGCUGUCAGGAGGCGUAUGCACUGACACCUGCGCUCUGAAGGGCUGUGUGGGCGGCACGUGCGACCAUAACACCGAUGGGUCGGCAUUCUGUUCUUGCAAUGCUGAUGCUGGCUUCGUGUUGCUGGGUGAUAAGUUGACGUGCGAACACGUGUGCACUAUUGAGAACUGCAAGAAAAAGGAUCCCAACUCUUUUUGCACAUGGACUAAGGCCGGUGGGGCAACGUGUCCUUGCAUGCUGGGUUUCGAUACCCCAGUAGGAGGCGGCUUGUGCACUGACACCUGCACACUCAAGGGUUGUGGUGCGCACAGCACCUGCAAGCACCGCGACGAUGGAUCGGCAUUCUGCGUUUGUGACACUGGCUAUACACUGCAGGAAGAUGGCGUGACGUGCAAGGAUAACUGUGCCAUCCUGAUGGAUAAGUCGCCUUGCACCGGUGUCAACGAGCAGUGCGCUAAGAACGCCACGGGGUGGGCUUCCUGUGUGUGCAAGCCUUACUACCACGAGUACAAAGGCUAUUGUGCCAAUCGCUGCAUCGACAAGCCCAAAUCGGAGCAGUGCCCUGACAACUCGUACUGCGUGAGGCGGGUGGACGGGAUCGCGUUCUGCAUUUGCAACAAUCCCAAAGAUGCCAAGUCCAGUGGAGCCGGUGGCUGUGGCACGCUGGAUGGUUUAGGGGUCACCGUAAGCGCCACAUGGACUGGGCCGUAAACUUCGCUGGAAGAUGGAAGCAGAGAAGAGCUGGGGUGCUGCUGGAAGGUGCAAGUAGGGGGGAGCGUUGACCCCUGAUUGGCCUUGUGUGAAAUUAGACCUUUUUUGUUUUGCUCAGUCCCCUUGUUGAUUUUUGGGCGUUUCUUUAGUGUCAUCGAUAGGUGUUCUUGGCAAUAUAUGAAUGUAUUGUAUCAGUUUCUUUAUAUGAAUAAAUGGGUAUAGAUUCA